AGCAGGUCGCUUCUCGCCGGACAUCAUUUUUUCAUGAGCUGGUUCGCCAACAGAAAAGAAACACGUGAUAGUCGACAGGCGCGGGAAGACACCGAGAAAUGUUGAGAUAGGGAUUCAGAAAUGUGCUGGGCUAGAAUUGUAAGGUUAUGGGGGGUAAGAGAGCGCUGACCGCGAUAGACGCCCGCGGAUGGUCCACUAGGCGGUGAAGCUCCGCCUCGGUCCCCAGAUCAAGUGGGGAGAGGAGCUCAUUGUCAACACUCGGCCGGCUACUCCAAGCAGCUGAGAUCGGAUAUCCUAUUCUCUUGAGUUUUUGCCCUCAAUCCUUGGCUUUCAGAGACAGGCCUCAGCGCCCAUCAUGUCAUCAACUACCAAAGCAUCCAGGAUUGGCGAAGAACUAUGGAAAACAAGAGUCGACAAAGUCAAUGCGGAGCUGGUCACGUUGACAUAUGGAACGAUUGUCGCACAACUGUGUCAGGACUAUGACGGAAAUUAUCAGGAGGUCAACAAGCAGUUGGAAAAGAUGGGCUACAACAUCGGAAUGCGCCUCAUUGAGGAUUUUCUGGCAAAAUCGAAUGUAGGCCGGUGUGCCAAUUUCCGGGAGACGGCAGACAUGAUCUCUAAGGUCGGAUUUCGGAUAUUCCUCAAUAUCGCCCCCACUGUAACGAAUUGGACAAGUGACAACAAUCAAUUCUCGUUGGUAUUUGAUGAAAACCCGCUUGCAGACUUUGUUGAACUACCAGACGACGGGCGAGCGCAAGAUGAGCUCUGGUUCUCAAAUAUACUGUGCGGUGUUCUACGGGGGGCUUUAGAGAUGGUACAAAUGCAGAUCGAGGCGCAUUUUGUAAGCGAUGUACUGCGAGGAGAUGACGCCACAGAGAUGCGCGUUUCACUUGUGAGGUACAUUGAAGAUGAGAUGCCACCUGAGGAGGAAUAAACGCGGCGGGGAGUGUGUUGCAUAAAUUUAGUAUUAUUGGUUGAGGCGUCCGGUGUUUGCGGGUUUUACUUCCAGUAUCUUAAUUUGCAGCUGCAACGGUUGACUGAAAUCACCUGUUUCUUAUGAUUGAUGGAGCUACAAGUAAGGUAAACGUUCCAUGUGCGAUGCAUGUACAUUUAUAUACUUAUAGAGUGGGGCCGUGAGGGCUGCACAAGGGACAAG